CUAAACAAAUACAUACACCUACUCCCUCAACCUUUUCUUUUUCUUUCUCUUUCAUUUUCCAUGGAAACAAUCAAGAACCAAACUUCUAUUCCCUCUUCAACCCUAGCCAUGCACAAGAAUUCCCACAUGAUCUCAAAGCCAAAACCAAAAAUCCGCAUAAUUCACAUAUUUGCACCGGAGAUCAUCAAGACCGACGUUGAGAACUUCCGGGAGUUGGUGCAGAAACUCACCGGGAAGCCCACACAUGAAAAGGGUUGUAAGAAGAAGGCAAGAAGAGCCGACCCCAGAAGCACCUUUCAUGAGAAGCUGCCUCCGGCGCCUGUGGCCAAGAAAUUGGAGCUGACAUCGGAGAAGGUACUGAAGGAAGAAGAAGGGAUAUGGACUGGUGAGAAUUCAGGUGGUUUUCUAAAUGGGUUUGGAGAUUUGGAAUUUGGGUUUAUCCAAGAGCUUGAUGAAUUUCCUUUGCUUCCUUUGGAUCCAUCACCCUUGCAUGGAUUUGAAGAAACUCAUCAAUUGGCCUAAUUAUGAAAAUAAUGAUUCUUUUUUUUCCUCCUUUUUAUAGUUUGGUUAAUUUCACUCUUAAAUUUCUUGAAUGUUUGAUUGCUUUAUGGGGUUUUAGAUUUAUAGCUCACAGAAUUCUCUACAUUUUGUUCGCUCUCUCUAAUUAUUCCUGCAAAUCUUAUUCUCUCUAGUGUGUAUAUAAGAGAUAAUUAAUUUUGCAAUUCUAC